AUGGCUGGCCUUUAUGAGCACUUUGUUGCCUUUGGCGUUGAUAACGCCGGGCUUGAGCGCUUGAUGCGUCUCGUCCAGUCUUUCAUGAUGAUCCUCACGUCCUACCCUGCUUUUCUGCAGUACUGGACGUCCACCACUCCCCAUCUCACCACUCUCGCGACGCUCUCGUCCACCUCAUCGCACCUAAACCUCGUCCGGAGGUGGCUGCGUACUUUCCGCUUCUUGGACACCUUAUCUACGUCUGUGUCUCUGUACAUGAGCCAAGAAAAAGCCUUGGACACGUGGCUCAGCGCCCACGCGGCGACGUGCCUCGGCAUCUUCGGAAUGCUCGAGACCAUCACGGUCCUGGACCUCUGCAGGAUCGAGGGUCUCGAGGUGUUUGGCUAUAAGGAAGCCGUGGGGAUCAACCUCGAGGCGCAACGCUUCUGGUUCGUGGGAUUACUCUUGUCCGCCUGUUCUACGCUGGUCAAGCUGGUCAGGCUCUCCGCGUAUAAGCCCGUGCCUGCCACCGGUGACGGCUACGGCACGUCGGCGGAGAAGGAUGGCAAGACGGUCGAAGAGAGACUGCGUGAAGAGAGGAAGCGAAGAAAGGAUGAGAAGAAGGCCUACUCUAAGAAGAUGAAGGACGAGGUGACGACACUGAGCGUUCGUUUUGCUGCUGAUGUGAUGGAUCUGAUCAUUCCGGCUACGGCGCUGGGCUGGGUCACAGAGAAUUGGGGCCGAGCCAGUAUCAUCAUGUUCGUCACAUCAGUCUUGACGGGAACGGAGGUCUGGUGGAAGGUGGGCAAGAAGUUGCAAAAGGCCUGA